AUGGCUUGCUCUUUUCGGCCGCCUUUGAUCAAAGCUGCCCAGGUUCCUUUCCUUUUUCUUCUCUUCUGUUUCGUCUUCCUCGCACUGGGCAUACAGGAAGUCAGUUUCAGCGUGCGGGAGGAGGAACCGAUUGGCAGUCUGGUGGGUGUUCUCCUACCCAAGAUACCGGACUUCAGAAGAGGCAGCCAAACCAACCCCGUAUUUCGCCUCAUUCAAAAGGGUCACGCGGCCUACUUCAAGGUCUCACCCACCGGUGGCCGCAUCACUAUAGCUCAGGUGAUUGAUCGGGAGGCCCUCUGUCCGAGUGAAGGCACGCCCAUGAAAAUUGGCCUCGGCUUACCGCGAUUAAAUGGCCAAUGUCAGCUGCGAUUCACAGUGAACGUGCUGCCUCUCGGGACCGCAGAAAUUAUCGACAUGAUCCAGGUCACCGUAAAUAUACUCGACGCCAAUGACAACCGAUGUACCUUCGAGCCGUCAGAUCAUCAAACGGUUUAUAUACCAGAGGACAGCCGGACCGGUCCCUCAUUUAUGGUGCCUUUGAAUAGGCCUUCUGACCCCGACUCUGACGCCAUGCAUCGUAUUGAUCCUCGAGGCAUACGCCUGCGCUCAGCAGAUGAACUGGACAGUGCCCGAUACUUUGACCUGCACGUCGCCGAGACCAGUUCUCUGGAAAGACCGGUCUCCCUCCAUCUCUCCCUCGCCAGACAACUGGACUACGAGGCGGCUACCACGCAUAAACUUAUCGUGACAGCAAGUGAUGCCACGCGAAUGGCCGACAAAACUUGCACCCUUCACCUCACUAUCCAGGUUGUCGACGUGAAUGACAACCCACCGCGUUUCGAAAAAAAACUUAUGCAUUUACAGUUGAAGGAGAACGCACCCGUGGGUUCCGUCAUCUACCAGGUGAAGGCCACGGAUGGCGAUAAGGGCCCGGUCUUUGGUCGGCUCAUUUACUCGCUGGGGCCCUACGCAGAAGCCGACGUACGUCAGCAUUUUUACGUCUCCCCAAACAACGGCUCAAUUAUUCUCAAGAGGAAGCUCUCCUACGCACGCAUCAAUAAGUUCGAAAUCCCGUUGGUUGUACGCAAUCCGACACAAUCGGAGGCUCAGGCAUCACCCAAGGGUCCCUCCAACCAAGUUCCCGCAGCUCAGCGAAUGGGAACUCCCCUGGAGACGACUGUUCAUGACACGGCUCGUCUCAUAGUCAAUGUGAUUGAUGUGAACGACGAGAAGCCGGUGAUAUCGGUGUUCACUUUAGAUGGCCACAAUGACAUCUCCAUCGAGGAGAACAGAAAUAAUGUACCCUCAGAUUUCGCCGUCGUUAGCGUCACAGACGGGGACAGUGGAGAAAAUGGACGAGUUGAGUGUGAACUGGCUGCAAAUUCAACUAGUCGCUUCCGAUUGACAAGGAUGACCAAUAUGAAACCCAGUGGCGCCUUUGACGGAGGCCAGGAGACGCUCUUUAAACUAUCUGCGUUGGUUGCAUUUGACAGGGAAGAAAACAAGAUCAGGUAUAGCCUGAUACAACCCUCUGAAAAGCCCAUGUUCAAAAUCGAUGAGAAGGAGGGUGUGAUCAGCUCGAACGGACAUCUGGAUCGAGAGCAGCAGGCGACCUACGAGUUUGAGAUUGUGGCUCAGGAUCUCGGGACACCUUCGCUAUCUUCUUCUGCCAAAGUAAUCAUCUACGUGCGAGACUUCAAUGAUGAAUCACCGGUGUUCUCGAAACCGGAAUUCGAAUUCGAGGUUCCAGAGGGCGUCCCUGCGAAUCACCUGAUCGGCAUCAUUUACGCUUCGGACGUAGAUGAGGGCAAAAAUGGGGAACUGAAGUUCUGGAUUUUGCCUACUGACCUUCCCACACAGUAUUCUCUCUCGGAGGAAAGUUUGCAACAUCGCUGGCGUUUGGAAGACGAGGAAACUCUACCCUACCGCCUGGAACCACACUAUAUUAGAAGCGAAAAUAGAUAUGAGAUUGGCAUCCUCACAAGUGGCCCUAUUGACCGGGAGGCCACAGCAGGUCUUAAUAAACUGACCUCCAGAAUGAUUCGUCCCACGGAAGGCGCACUGGAUUUCAAUUACCCUACCCCAACCGACGUGUCGGCCUCAAGGCACACCUUUUUCGCUAUUGCGGAGGAUGAGGGCACCCCGAAGAGGAGCUCGAGGGCGAAGAUUACCAUCAACAUCCUCGACGUUAACGACAAUGCACCGGUCUUUCUCUUUCCCACCUCUAACAAUUCGACGGUCAACGUGUCCUUCAAGGAAUAUGUUGGAUUCGCCUUCACAAGGGUAAGUUGA